GUUUUUGUCUUUUCUUCGUAGCACACUUAUCACAUAUUACGAUGUUUGCAUUUUUAUUUAAGAGAUUACCCAAAGUUUUACUGUUGGUGUUAUUAUUCAUAGCUAUUGUCUUGCUUGGAUUUCUCCUCAUUGGAUGUUUAGAUAAUACCAAUCAAUAUCUGAAGAUUUAUUUAGCUCAAUUUCAAUUCAAUCAAACUUCAUCAGAUGUUAUGAAUGAUAUUAUGAUAUCUAAUUCUACUCAAACGUUUGAUUCCAUCAGUUUAAAGGUUAAUUAUCUAGCUGUUUGUAUUGAUCUUAAUCAAAAUUUAACAUGUACCACUUAUGAUAAACUUAAUAAUUUAACUUCUUUCAAUGAUAUUUCAAUCUCCCCCACCUCAUCAUUAAACCUUAAUUUAAUCUCGAUUGUUAAAAGUUUCAGUAAAAUCUGUCACCCAAAAGUUUUAGAAGCAACUAUUGUCCUCACUCUAGUCCUCCUACUCACUAUCUGUUAUACUUCUAUCCCAUAUAUUCCAUUCAAAUCGAAUGUUAAAAAAUUCAACUGUGUAUUAGCGUCAGGCACAACUCUUUUAUGGGGAUUAGGAUCAAUGUUACAAAUGGAAGCGGUCAAUACUUCAACCAUAAUGGUUAAUGAUGCUUCGAUGGAUAUGGUUGUGGCUAAUAGAGGUUUAAGAGCUGAAGCUAUGACUUGGACAGCGUUUGCGUUCAUUAUUGUGGUCAAUAUUCAUUGUUUUUAUGUUUGUUUCAAAGAUGUUAUAGAUUUAAAAAGAAUUGAGAAUCAAAAAAUGAAUUCCGCUAAUUUUUCAGUCAAAGUUUAAGUAAUGUGAAGUUUGUACUCUAUUUUUGUUAGUAACUAGUUUGAUAUUUAGUUGUUAUAUACUUUUAUUUAAUCAUAUAAGGUGAUUUCAAGAUAAUUAUAAGUAUAUGUUCUAAGAAAAUUACCUGUAACACCCACCCAACCCUAUUUCUAACUGAUUACCCCGUACCCAUUUGGUUGCUAAAAGAAAAUUGAUUAAAAUUUGA